AUGGCCUUCAGUGCCAUGGCCAUCUUCCACCUGACAUACCUGGGCUCCCUGUUUGACACUGACGUAGAAAACUUGGCUGCAGAGGAGGUAAGACACACCAAUGACAUGCUACUGCUGGCUGGGGCCAAGUUAAUGGAGAACAUAAGAAUUAACAGUGGUCUGCAUGAACGUAUUACUUAUACACAUUUAGUCACCAUUGCCGUCCUCUUCCUCCACAGGGUUAUGUGGCCAACCACACCAUUCAGAAGUGGUCAGAGUUGAGCUGGGCCAGUCACUGGCUGGUGUUUGGCUGCUGGGUAUUCUACCGCCUCAUUCAGUGA